GUUCUAAUGAACAGUGUCAAUUUAAAUACCCUGUAUUUUUUAAAUAAUAGAUAAUUAAUACGAUACUUGAUAAUCUUUUGAAGAAAAAUAUUUUAUUUAAUUGCCGUACACCAGAUAUUCAGGCUUUUAAUCGUAUUUUAAUAGUUAAAACUGUUAAAAGUACUGUGUUCUGACAUGAACUCCAAAACGUACCUGUUCUUUCAAAUCGUUCUGUUACAUUUUGUCAAAUUCCAAAAUUUUUAAAAAUGAAAAAAUAACUCAGCAAUAAGCCACCAUGUUCAUAAUUUAACCGUGCAUUUACAGUCAUAAAUUUAAUCAUUAGAUCUAAAAAAAUAGUAAUAAUUAAUUCGAAAUAAAAAAGUGUGACCUCACGGCGAGUGCGGGUACUUUUUAUAGAUAAAGAUGGCGGCUCCCGUAUUUAUCGAAGAGGAACUGGGCCGAAAAUGGGAUAAAUGUUUAACAGAUGGAUUAAUUAAAUUCGGCGGAGGCCUCGUCCUAGGAUCAGUAUUCUCUUUGCUAUUUUUCAAAAGAAGGAGAUGGCCCAUAAUCAUGGGAGGCGGUUUCGGCGUCGGAAUGGCUUAUUCUAACUGCGAAAAAGAACUUAAUAACACAUUAAGGGGGUGCGAAAAGUGUUCAACCAAACCAGAAGCUAAAGUCGUGCAGUAGAACUUUUAAUAUUAGAAUAAAAAUCGCCUUUCGAGUGACAGUGGG